GGCUACAAUCAGUUUACAAAUAUACAGUAUUUGCACAUCCAGAUCAAGUUGCAUUUGUUUUUUUAGUUAAAACAUGGUAUUGUUUAUUCCCAAAUUAACCCAUCAAAGAAAGAACUAAAUUGGUAGGUGUACGAUAUUAAAUAGAGCUCUGUCUAGAUUGUUAGGAUCAGGAAUAUCGGAGGGAAUUACUUGCAUCCUGUGUGUCACUAACUGGUAUCAUAGCAACAACAGAAUCAGGGUAACCUUAGCUUCAUCAAGAUGCCAUCAGCAGUCUGCAACCUAAGUCAACAAAUAGAGAUCAAGCAACUCCAAAAUAACAAGAUGUGCUCUACUGUUCCAGACAGCAAUCUAAAACCUCCCGAUUGUGAUUUUUUUUUGGCAAGUGCUCUUUGAAUAAUUGACUUGAAAAAUUGGAAACCGGCUGAAUUCGAUCGAUCUCUGACAGUUCGACUACAUUUGACUCUGACAAACACUGACAAUGCUGAAAAGGUUAUUGUCUUGACAGGUAUUUUCUCUCAGUAUUGCGAUAACCAUUGGUUUUGGACCACCAAUAUCAGCCGAGCCUUUCCGGGCAUUGCUCUUAAGUGAAUGGAUUAUGAUAGCAACAGGGGGCAUUCUUCGUAUUACUGCCAGGACAAACAAUUCCCUCCAAUCUUGUCGGCGUACAAAUAAAUACAGAAGGAAAGUAUCCAAAACAACUAAAAAUAAUGUGGUAAUAUUGAAAGCCAAAUUGAAACUGUGUUCUAUUCCAGGGCUAAUUACUGCAUUUGGGAUCUUGGUAAUGUUGGGAGGAAUUGCAAUGGUAAUAAUGGGUUAUUGGCCCCGAGCUUAUAAGAUUUCCAAAACCAUAUCUCAAAAUGCCACUAGCAAUAAUAUGACAGCAGAGACCAAAACCUUGGAGAUUAUUUCUGGAUUUUUGGCUCAGUCUGACAAGCUGAAGAUUUUUGGACCAAUGGUUGUAGGGAUUGGCAUAUUUCUCUUCAUCUGUGCCAACGCAGUUCUUCAUGAAAGUAGAGACAAGAAAACUAAGAUAAUUAACAUGCAAGAUAUCUAUUCUACGGUGAUAGAUAUUCAGAGCAAAGGGAAAAAGGCAUAUGUUCCCAAUGGAGUUGUGAAUUAUGUGCAGUGCAAAAGCAUGUAUAAUCUGAAACCUCCAGAUUCCCACAACACAGUAAAAUUGGCUGAAAGUUCAUGUCAGUCACCUACUGCAGAUGAUAUAAAAACAGUGUGAUCUAAUUAAAAAGAAAAACAGGAACAUUGCAGUUAUUUUGAAAAGCAGGAACAAUUUAACCUCCAAGAAAAAAUGACAUUAUCAUGGAGUAUUUACAGGAAAAAACUAUUAAGAAUAAAAGAAAGAAAAAGCCCACAUCAAAUGGAUCUGAAUGCUGUGUUACUUUUGUUGACAAUCUUACUCCCCCCACAAGUGCAAUGAUUAGAUCAGUUUACAGCAGAGAAGACACAAGAUCUUCCAAUGAUAAUAAAGCACAGAUGUAAAAAAAAUGAAUAGUUUGAAUAAUACCUGAUCAUAUAUAUCCUUCAUUUUUACUGACACUUCUUUCGAGAGGGAAUGAAGGAUAGUACAUCAUCCCAGAGCACCUAUUGGAUUCAUUUGAAAAAACAUGCCUCGGCUGAAUGUUUUCAAAACAAUAAAGAUGGCAUCAAGGAUGCGACUUCAAAUGUUGUCUGGUUUGAUCAUAUUCAAGUGAUAUCCACUAAACUCUUGUAAAGAUUCGCACUCUCAUCGAGAACAAUAGUUCCCUCAACAUUUAAUGUCUAUUUUUACCCUCCAGACAUUAGAAACCAUUAACAAUAUACAGUGAGAAGAAACCUUCAGAUGGUCACAGCACCAGCAAAGCUUUAUUAUAAAUCGAGGGAGCAUCAUGAUGUUUGGAAUGUUUGUUGACAUUUAUGGAUCGGGACCUGCUUGCUGUUUUACUGGUAGCUCCACCGCUGGUCCCAGUUGCAUUGGUGUCUGAAAUC